GACUUUCUGGACGGGACCUGCGGGCAAAAUUCUUCUUUCCUGUCUCGUCCUAUGUGCCGGCCUGGGAGGUGCCGUGGGGAUGGGAUCCUUUCUGGGAGCGCAGGCAUACGCAGCUGCCUGGGGUCGUUGAACAAACUCAAAAGUCGGUUUAGACAGGAGGUCUUCGAGUGUUCCUUUACGGUUUUUGCAUUUGCACAGAUAUGGAAAAGAAAGUACGACACGUGGUAGCUCCUUUUUGCACAGCAAGUUCUUCGGACUUGGUUCUUUGUUCAAUGAAGCGAUUUGGCAUGCAUAAUGCUGGCGCCGGCAGCAACUCUUCCGAACAAAACUCCGGUACGCAGCACCUGGGCGGCGAUAAUGGCUUUUUGAAUCCCGUUGUCCACGCCAAUGGGCCAGGCGAUGUUCUUCCCGGAACAAGAACGGGACCGGGACUAUGGGGUUCUCAAACGUUACAUUCUCAAUUGUUACAAUACAUGAAUUUGUCAUGCAAAAGUGCCAUAAGUAGUAGCUGCCUCACCCUCACGAUCAAGGUAUUUCGCAUGACAAAUUCUCGAAGGGUUUAAUCAGCAUUUAAAUUCGAACCAGAUUUGUAAUGCAAAACGCGCAAAAAUCUUCACUUCCGGCUUUCACUUUUGCCGCUCCUGCAUCACAAACAAGGUCCGAGCACGGGGACAGAGUCCCCGUGCGGCGACCUUCCGGCAUUGAUUUGUCUGGGACGAGUUCGGGGGUUGUGGUGGCUGGCACUGGGCCGGCAGGCCCCUGCAGCCCGGUGUCUCUGUGUGGCCUGCGCCCCUUGAUCCGCGACAGAUGUGCGGGCGGAGCCCCUCUGCUUGCCCACACCAGGCCCGUUUGCCUACCGCGAACAAAGGGAACAGAAAGGAAGAAGCUGGCGCCGGAUCUGUAGCUGGCCCCUAGGUCAUGACGCGGGGGCCGAGUCCCCGCGCUGACCUAGGGCUUUUGCGCCUCGGCCGUGCGGUUAGUUUCCGGGAAGCGCCCAAAGCUGGCCCCUAGGUCAUGACGCGGGGACCGAGUCCCCGCGCUGACCUACGGCUUUUGCGCCUCGGCCGUGUGGUUAGUUUCUGUUUCCGGGAAGCGCCCAAAGCUGGCCCCUAGGUCAUGACGCGGGGACCGAGUCCCCGCGCUGACCUAGGGCUUUUGCGCCUCGGCCGUGCGGUUAGUUUCCGGGAAGCGCCCAAAGCUGGCCCCUAGGUCAUGACGCGGGGACCGAGUCCCCGCGCUGACCUAGGGCUUUUGCCCCUGGGCCGUGCGGUUAGUUUCCGGGAAGCGCCCAAAGCUGGCCCCUAGGUCAUGACGCGGGGACCGAGUCCCCGCGCUGACCUAGGGCUUUUGCCCCUGGGCCGUGCGGUUAGUUUCCGGGAAGCGCCCAAAGCUGGCCCCUAGGUCAUGACGCGGGGACCGAGUCCCCGCGCUGACCUAGGGCUUUUGCCCCUGGGCCGUGCGGUUAGUUUCCGGGAAGCGCCCAAAGCUGGCCCCUAGGUCAUGACGCGGGGACCGAGUCCCCGCGCUGACCUAGGGCUUUUGCCCCUGGGCCGUGCGGUUAGUUUCCGGGAAGCGCCCAAAGCUGGCCCCUAGGUCAUGACGCGGGGACCGAGUCCCCGCGCUGACCUAGGGCUUUUGCCCCUGGGCCGUGCGGUUAGUUUCCGGGAAGCGCCCAAAGCUGGCCCCUAGGUCAUGACGCGGGGACCGAGUCCCCGCGCUGACCUAGGGCUUUUGCCCCUGGGCCGUGCGGUUAGUUUCCGGGAAGCGCCCAAAGCUGGCCCCUAGGUCAUGACGCGGGGACCGAGUCCCCGCGCUGACCUAGGGCUUUUGCCCCUGGGCCGUGCGGUUAGUUUCCGGGAAGCGCCCAAAGCUGGCCCCUAGGUCAUGACGCGGGGACCGAGUCCCCGCGCUGACCUAGGGCUUUUGCCCCUGGGCCGUGCGGUUAGUUUCCGGGAAGCGCCCAAAGCUGGCCCCUAGGUCAUGACGCGGGGACCGAGUCCCCGCGCUGACCUAGGGCUUUUGCCCCUGGGCCGUGCGGUUAGUUUCCGGGAAGCGCCCAAAGCUGGCCCCUAGGUCAUGACGCGGGGACCGAGUCCCCGCGCUGACCUAGGGCUUUUGCCCCUGGGCCGUGCGGUUAGUUUCCGGGAAGCGCCCAAAGCUGGCCCCUAGGUCAUGACGCGGGGACCGAGUCCCCGCGCUGACCUAGGGCUUUUGCCCCUGGGCCGUGCGGUUAGUUUCCGGGAAGCGCCCAAAGCUGGCCCCUAGGUCAUGACGCGGGGACCGAGUCCCCGCGCUGACCUAGGGCUUUUGCCCCUGGGCCGUGCGGUUAGUUUCCGGGAAGCGCCCAAAGCUGGCCCCUAGGUCAUGACGCGGGGACCGAGUCCCCGCGCUGACCUAGGGCUUUUGCCCCUGGGCCGUGCGGUUAGUUUCCGGGAAGCGCCCAAAGCUGGCCCCUAGGUCAUGACGCGGGGACCGAGUCCCCGCGCUGACCUAGGGCUUUUGCCCCUGGGCCGUGCGGUUAGUUUCCGGGAAGCGCCCAAAGCUGGCCCCUAGGUCAUGACGCGGGGACCGAGUCCCCGCGCUGACCUAGGGCUUUUGCCCCUGGGCCGUGCGGUUAGUUUCCGGGAAGCGCCCAAAGCUGGCCCCUAGGUCAUGACGCGGGGACCGAGUCCCCGCGCUGACCUAGGGCUUUUGCCCCUGGGCCGUGCGGUUAGUUUCCGGGAAGCGCCCAAAGCUGGCCCCUAGGUCAUGACGCGGGGACCGAGUCCCCGCGCUGACCUAGGGCUUUUGCCCCUGGGCCGUGCGGUUAGUUUCCGGGAAGCGCCCAAAGCUGGCCCCUAGGUCAUGACGCGGGGACCGAGUCCCCGCGCUGACCUAGGGCUUUUGCCCCUGGGCCGUGCGGUUAGUUUCCGGGAAGCGCCCAAAGCUGGCCCCUAGGUCAUGACGCGGGGACCGAGUCCCCGCGCUGACCUAGGGCUUUUGCCCCUGGGCCGUGCGGUUAGUUUCCGGGAAGCGCCCAAAGCUGGCCCCUAGGUCAUGACGCGGGGACCGAGUCCCCGCGCUGCCCUAGGGCUUUUGCCCCCCGGCCGUGCGGAGCGGUUGGCUUCCGGGAAGCGCCCAAAGCCGGCCCCUAGGUCAUGACGCGGGGACCGAGUCCCCGCGCUGACCUAGGGCUUCUGCCCCUGGGCCGUGCGGCUAGUUUCCGGGAAACGCCCAAAGCUGGCCCCUAGGUCAUGACGCGGGGACCGAGUCCCCGCGCUGACCGCGGGCUUUUGCCCCUGGGCCAUGCGGUUAGUUUCCGGGAAGCGCCCAAAGCCGGCCCCUAGGUCAUGACGCGGGGACCGAGUCCCCGCGUUGGCCUCGGGCUUUUGCCCCUGGGCCGUGCGGUUAGUUUCCGGGAAGCGCCCAAAGCUGGCCCCUAGGUCAUGACGCGGGGACCGAGUCCCCGCGCCGACCUAGGGCUUUUGCAUGCGCCCCGGCCGUGCGGUUAGUUUCCGGGAAGCGCCCAAACCUGGCCCCUAGGUCAUGGCGCGGGGACCGAGUCCCCGCGCUGACCUAGGGCUUUUGCGCCUCGGCCGUGCGGUUAGUUUCCGCCCGGGAAGCGCCCAAAGCUGGCCCCUAGGUCACGACGCGGGGACCGAGUCCCCGCGCUGACCUAGGGCUUUUGCGCCUCGGCCGUGCGGUUAGUUUCCGCCCGGGAAGCGCCCAAAGCUGGCCCCUAGGUGACGCGGGGACCGAGCCCCCGCGCUGACCUAGGGCUUUUGCUCCCCGGCCGUGCGGAGCGGUUAGUUUCCGGGAAGCGUCGAAAGAAAGGCGGCCCCUAGGUCAUGACGCGGGGACCGAGUCCCCGCGCUGACCUAGGGCUUUUGCCCCUGGGCCGUGCGGCUAGUUUCCGGGAAACGCCCAAAGCGGGCCCCUAGGUCAUCCAUGACGCGGGGGCCGAGUCCCCGCGGUGACCUAGGGCCUUUGCCCCUGGGCCGUGCGGUUAGUUUUCAUUCAUUCGGGAAGCGCCCAAAGCUGGCCCCUAGGUCAUGACGCGGGGACCGAGUCCCCGCGCUGACCUAGGGCUUUUGCCCCUGGGCCGUGCGGUUAGUUUCCGGGAAGCGCCCAAAGCUGGCCCCUAGGUCAUGACGCGGGGACCGAGUCCCCGCGCUGACCUAGGGCUUUUGCCCCUGGGCCGUGCGGUUAGUUUCCGGGAAGUGCCCAAAGCUGGCGCCUAGGUCAUGACGCGGGGACCGAGUCCCCGCGCUGACCUAGGGCUUUACUUUGCCGCUGGGCCGUACGGUGUCCGGGAAGCGCCCAAAGCUGGCCCGCAGGUCAUGACGCGGGGAUUGGGCCCCCGCGCUGACCGCGGGCGCCUUUCAGGCCCCGGGGCCCGGGAAGCUCGACAGGUUGGCGGCUCGCGUGACAAACUGGAGUCCGGCAUUGCGCAUCUCGCGUGGCGAGGUCCCAAAGUGUGUCGGGGGUGUGUCCGAAAGUCUGCCCGGGGUGUGUCGGAAAGUCUGCCCGGGGUGUGUCUGGGGUAUGUUCGGACUUUUUGCCUGGGGUGUGUUCGGGGGUCUGUCUGGGGUAUGUCUGGGGUCUGUCUGGGGUGUGUCUGGGGUAUGUUUAUACCCCACCUGUUGCUUUUUCGCCAAAAAUUUGCAUUCAGGUCGUGAUUGACUGCCAUUUGCAUACCCCUGACACACCCCCGAACAUACCCCCGAGCAUACCCCUCGCAUGCAUUUUUGACCAGCUGCUGCAGUUUAGAUAGUAAUGCGUGUAACAGCUGAGAAUGUAACGUCUGAGAACGCCAUAUGAAGAGCCCACGGAUGGCUCCAUCCACCCGAUAAGCAUCACCACACCGGCAGCGCCAAGUCAAGCCGCUCCCCCACAGAGCAUGCCAGCGGACGCAAUGCCUCAGCCGCAGGAGCCCUCGCCAGUACACAGUACCUCAGCCGAAGCGCCGCCUGUCC